AUGGCGGAUCAAAAUAAUGAUCAUCUGGUCCAGUCGGAUGAUCCAGAUCAUCCUGCAAAUUUGAUACCCAGACUAUGCAAGCAGUUUUAUACCCUCGGAUGGGUCACUGGAACUGGAGGCGGCACGAGUAUUCGAAAGGAUGAGCAUGUAUUUAUUGCUCCUUCCGGCGUCCAGAAGGAGCUUAUGCAGCCCGAGAACAUAUUCGUCCUCGACUUCCCAACUCCAAAAUACCCACCAUCUGCGCGCAAGUACAUUCGCAAACCACUCAAUCUCAAGCCUUCGGCAUGCACGCCGCUGUUUCUUGCUACCUUCGAGCGUGGAGCGGGCUGCUGCAUCCACACCCACUCACAGUGGGCUGUUCUUGUGACUCUGCUGACGGAAAAGAUGCAUGGCAAGGACGCGUGUUUCGAGAUCAGCACGAUUGAGCAGAUCAAAGGUGUUCCUAAAGGACCGGGUAAAGGUAUGCAUGAUUUUUUCGAUACCUUGCGGAUACCAAUCAUCGAAAAUACGGCUUUUGAGGAGGACUUGACGGAGCAUUUGGAGAAGGCUAUUGAGCAGUAUCCGGACACUUACGCGGUUUUGGUUCGCCGGCAUGGAAUAUAUGUAUGGGGCGAUACGCCGGCCAAAGCCAAAACUCUAUGCGAGAGCCUGGAUUACCUCUUUCAACUCGCAGUUGAGAUGCACAAGCUGGGACUUGCUUGGACCUGAGCUUCGUGUCUUCUCAAUGACCACGACUAGCCUUCGCUAUUCCAAAUUUAUAUACAACCUUGAACGGGUUAAUGAACUACAAAAGGGUUGAAAUGUCUUUUUUGAAGGCUUCGUUCGAUCGUCAUGUGCCUUGGUUUGCAACAUUGUAGAAGCCGACAAGUGGUCUGAACAGUACCUUUGUCUGACUAGACGAGGCCUUGUUCGCACUUUGCGCUGUAUGUCUGCAUCAUGUGGUCGGGCUGUCACGUCUCUCAUUGGACCUAUUCGACUCACCUGCAGCACCGCCAAGAAGCCAGUGCAGCCUCGUAUCAGUAGACUUGACCUCGUACUUCCGUAC